UCUAGUUCCACUUCUUGCCAUCAACAUCAAUUCCGUGUGUCUUUGUAUUUGAUUGGCGAUAGAAGAAAGUGGUUAAAAAGAAACAUAACUAAAAGUUAAUUGUUUUAUCAUAUAAAACAUUUAUAAUAAUAAAAAUCAUUGUAUAUAAUUAAUAGAGAAAAACGUAAAAAAGAAAAUAAAAAUCUCGUAAUGAGUUUUGUAAAUAGUAAAAAAUAACCAUGAAUACAUUGCGUAACAUCUUCACAUCGCGUACCAUCAACUAUCUCCGACAAAAUGGACAAAACGCACUCAUUAAUAUUACACAGCCCGUGGAUAAUGCCACCAAUGCAGCACCUCUCAAUCAAAAUGGUACAAACAACAAGUCGGAGAAGAGACCCAAGGAACCGUUGCUUAUACCGAGAACCAUACUAGAUGCUACCGUGUUUACGGGUAAAAAAUUCCCCACCAAAAGCUCAACGGGUUCCAUAUCACCAACUACCCUAAAGAAUUAUCGUCGUAUGACCCGCAAAGUGGAUAUUGUCUAUAGGUGUAAACUCUGCAAUACACGCAAUAUCAAACAAGUCUCGGAGGCAGCCUAUACUAGUGGAGUGGUCAUAUUACAGUGUGAUGGUUGUUCGGUUAAUCAUUUGAUUAUCGAUAAUCUGGGUUGGUUUGCCAAUACCAAAGGAAAAACAUUUGAUGAAGUUUUAGCCGAAAACAGUGAUAGUGUUAAAGUUAUUAAGGUCAAUGAAAAUGGUGAAUUGAUCUAAACUAGUCCUAUGUAAAGUUUUGCCAUUGUAACAAUACAAUAACAAAUUGAAAAUUUGUAAUUUUGAAA